AUGGAGGGUCAUGGCUAUGACCGGUUCGGUGAUGGAGAUAGGGACACUUACCAAAUCGACUACCGUAGGAUUGUGGGGGACAUGGAACCGGCACGCCCCCGUAUCCCGAACAGAGAAGGGGAGCAGCCUCAUACCUAUGGGGCCUAUGUCCACUCAACACCACAUGGACACGGUCAUGAGACCGCAGCACAGCGCUACAGUGCUACACGAAUCCAAGCAGGAUAUGAACCAGAGAGGUCAGUCAAACCUGCUAACUGUGAUUCCUAAACUUCUCUGAGUCACCCUUGUGAUCACGCGAACCCUUGUUACCCAUCGAAACUGUUACUUAAGCAGCAACCGAGUUGUUGUCACUUUCUCCUGGCACUGCUUGUGUCCUUUUCAAGCUCAUUUACCAGCUACCUAGGCAGCCAACCAAAUCCUCUUACCUGCUGUGCUGUGGUCAUAGAUGUAGUUUCAAGAAGGGAUAGACUCUUCCUAUUAGCACUUCCCUUCCCAUUUCCUGUUUGUAAUAGGAUCUGAAGAGAGGUCAAGAAAAGAACAAGAACGUCCACGGCAACAUGUUAGUUACUCACAGAGGAUCAAAACCUUCAGAAAUAAACGACUGGCUAAACUAGCAUGUAGUUUUAAAGUAUAAUAGACUGGAAAACAUGGGAAAAUAGAUUGAGAAUUGUGAUUUUAAAAGUCAUUAAAAUGUUGAUUAGAACAUUAAAGAUCAGUUACCAUCCAUCGUUUGGAGCUAUGACUUUGGGAGACAUGGUGUUAAAAGAGGAUCAAAAAUCCAAUGUCAUAUUAACAUUUAACAUGAAACUGACUUUUUUAAACUUUUUUUCCCCUAGAUUUUGUUUGAAUUUUUGGGUUUUUUGUUUGUUUGUUUCAGUAUGGCAGACUAUCUGAUCAGCGGAGGCACAGGUUAUGUUCCUGAAGACGGAUUAACAGCACAACAACUCUUUUCAAUCGGCGACGGACUUACAUACAAGUAAGAGAUGCCUAAAAAAAAAAAAAAAAAUUUAUGAUCAUGCAUACACGUGCACAUGUGCAUCAACAGAUAUGUGCAUUAACGUUAUGCAAUGUCUUCCAUUAGAUGUUUAGUAAUAUCAGUGAUGACACAUGUGCUUGGGUUUUAUAUGGAGGAUUAGAACGAGUAAUACUACUAUCAAGGAUGACAGUGAGUGGUGUCACAGACAUUAAAAGCAGAGUGUGUGUGUAUCUGUGUGUGUGUGGGAUUGUACAUAUCAGUGGGUGUUGAUGUUGUCUCUUAAUGGAGGCUAUAUGCAGGGUUUAUCAGUGUACAGGGGAUUGAUGCAGAGGGUUGAGAGGGUGACAGAUUAUGUCUGCUGAGUGUUGGUCAACUUAGUAGCUGCUUUAAAGGAAUGGUUAAGUGCUCAACAGUUACAUGCACAGUUUCAGCUAUGUGAUCGUCAAAUACUGAUUGUUGGUUAUUUUUAUAAGCAAAGUGAUAUAUUAUGUCUGUACUUGCAGUGACUUCCUGAUCCUCCCUGGUUUCAUUGAUUUUAUGUCUGAUGAAGUGGUGAGUAUUGUAGAAAAAAGAGCCAAAAACUGUAAUAAACAUUCAAAUGUUCACAAAAUUUGCCAGACCUUUGUAAAAGAAAAGGAUCUCUUUGUUGAGAUCCUUAGAGCAUAGGUUUAUUUGUUUGGCUUGUUUUGAAUUUUCCUCGCAAAGUCUGCCGGGACAUUUAAUUAAUUUCAUGCCUGGAUCACAAUAACAAGUGUUUACAAGCAGAUGCACACCUGAGCCAUCUAAUACUCAGCAGGUGAAUCCAACAAACUAGCCUCUAAUGUGCCUGAAGUGGCUUCAGCUGUGGGUCGAUGCAGAGCAAAUUAAAAACACAUCCUAACAUUACAUUAGCAAAUACUGUGAGUUACCCGUGUGCUAAAUCUGCAACACUGGAGAUGCCAUUUGAAUGAGUAAUGCUGAUCAAUCUUCUAGUUUCAAUGCACAAACUCCUAAUUUCAUCACAGUUUUACUUCAGAUUUACUUUGUCAUUUAUGUUAAUAACCUUUGAAGAUCAAAAAUCAGAUCAUAUAUCUUUUUAUUUUCAGGAUCUAACCUCUGCAUUGACGAGGAAGAUAACCCUGAAGACCCCUCUUAUUUCAUCUCCCAUGGAUACAGUCACAGAGUCAUCUAUGGCUAUUGCCAUGGCAGUGAGUACAAGCUUAGCACAAGAGCACACACAUGCAUGUGCAGCGUUUCUAAGAGUCAGUCUUGGCUUAGCACCAUUCUCCUCCACUUCAGAUAGUCAGCACUUCUGUCAACAAUUGUGUACUUUUCCACUGUUGUUGAUUUUCCUUUCUCUGAUUGGCUGGUUUCAGCUGAUGGGCGGGAUUGGAAUAAUUCAUCAUAACUGUACUGCAGAGUUUCAGGCCAAUGAGGUUCGCAAGGUCAAGGUAAGAUGAACAAAAUUUAAAAGAGCAUGAAGUAUUUUUAUUUUUUAGAAUCAAACAUCACCAGUCAAAAUAAUCACUUUUUUUUGUCCUUCACAGAAAUUUGAGCAGGGCUUUAUCACAGACCCAGUGGUAAUGAGUCCCAGGCACACAGUCGGGGAUGUGUUUGAGGCAAAGAUACGCCAUGGUUUCUCAGGGAUCCCUGUCACAGAGACUGGCAAGAUGGGCAGCAAGCUUGUUGGUAUCGUGACCUCCAGAGACAUAGACUUUUUGUCUGAGAAGGACCAUGACAGACCCCUGGAGGAGGUGGGUGUAAAACUGAUUCAUAAGGAUUUGUGUCUUAAGACCUUACAAACAAAGCAAAUAAAUUGUCUCUAUGUAAACUUAUACACUUUCUUCUUUUAGGCAAUGACUAAAAGGGAAGAUUUGGUUGUUGCACCUGCUGGGGUCACUCUAAAAGAAGCUAAUGACAUACUGCAACGUAGCAAAAAAGGUCAAUCUCAGUGAACUAAGUCACACAGCUGGUAGGCAGACGCUUAAACUCACUUAAACACUCAGGCUUUGUUUUUGUUUGGCUCUCCCAGGUAAGCUUCCCAUCGUUAACGACAGUGAUGAACUGGUUGCCAUCAUUGCGAGGACUGACUUGAAAAAGAACAGAGAUUAUCCUCUGGCUUCCAAGGACUCACGCAAACAGCUUCUGUGCGGAGCUGCCAUCGGUACAAGGGAGGAUGACAAAUACAGACUGGAGCUGCUCAUUCAAGCUGGGGUGGACGUGGUGGUACUGGUAGGUGUGGACUGUGGGCUGAUUAAGCUUUUGGUGGUUAUUAUGCAAAUUUGAUGUCAGCCAAAGAUGUUCAGCCUAUUGACACAGGAGGGCUUUGGAUUUUGUUUCUGAUAAUUACUGCUAUUUUAAGGUUUGUACACUGAGUUAUUCUAACAUCAACCACUGAUGGAUCAUUACCGAUGGCUGCAGGUGCUAGUGUUGACUGUAGCAUCUUGGCUAUACUGAGUUAAGCAUUAGCUGUGAGAGUUUAAUUCUGUAAAAUGACAGUACAAGCCAAAACAAACCAGCAAUCUAUGAUGAAUGAUUAUCUUAGCUUGACUAGUGUGUUAUUCUUUUGUACCUUUUACCUCUAUAGAUCAGCAACAAAUUUUACCCUCUGGGUGCGUCAUCUCUGAUUUAAAGUAUUGCUUCUCUAUUCAGUGUUUUGUUUUUGUGUUUUGUUUCAUUUUAAAGGAUUCCUCUCAAGGAAACUCAGUUUAUCAGAUCAACACGAUAAACUACAUCAAACAAAAAUAUCCUGAACUACAAGUAGUGGGAGGAAAUGGUGAGCAUGCUUUCUUUUGUUUUGGAAAUUUCAUGUUUUAUCAUAAGAAUCAAUAAAGGAUCUUGAGUCUAUCAGCUGUUUUUUUUAUAUUUUAUUACUGGUCUUUGUAAAGUGAGGAGAAACUGCAACAGAGAGUGUGAUAAGAGUCUGGGUUACUGAAUCUCACUGAGGCAGUCUCAGUGGGUGUGUGCUCAUAACAGGAAAGAGGGGCUCCGUCAGGUCUAACCACAACUAACACAUGAAGUCUUCUUCUUUUAACAUACUACACCUGUUUCCUACAACUGAGCUCUUCUCUGUGUGUUUGUCUCUCUCUAGUGGUGACAGCUGCUCAGGCUAAAAACCUUAUAGAUGCUGGCGUGGAUGCACUGAGGGUGGGCAUGGGGUGUGGCUCCAUCUGUAUCACUCAGGAAGGUAUUACUGAAGAGUCAAGUUCUGUGAAUGUCAGACAAGAAAGAUUGGAAAACAAUGGAAAAAUCAGCUGUUAACACAAGAUAUUACUGCUUUGGUCUUCAGUGAUGGCAUGUGGACGACCCCAAGGUACUUCAGUGUAUAAGGUUGCAGAGUAUGCCCGGCGUUUUGGUGUGCCGGUAAUCGCUGAUGGAGGCAUUCAGACUGUUGGACACGUGGUAAAAGCCCUGGCCCUGGGAGCAUCUACGGGUAGAGAACUACAAUUCCAACGUAUCCUCAAGUGUUACAUUAUUUUCUUUCUUUGCAGUGUUGUACCAAAAAAUCUUAUAUUUGUCUGUCCUUAGUGAUGAUGGGGUCAUUGCUUGCUGCGACCACUGAAGCUCCGGGAGAAUAUUUCUUCUCGGAUGGUGUGCGCUUGAAGAAAUAUAGAGGUAUGGGCUCGCUGGAUGCCAUGGAAAAAAACAACAGCCAGAAACGCUACUUCAGGUAAGUGUGCGUGGUUGCAAAGGUGGCUACUUUUCUUGUACCCUAUGCUUAAUAUUUUAUAGCAUUUCUUACACUGUUUUUUUUUCUUUUACCUUGUGCGUGUCCAGUGAGGGAGAUAAGGUGAAGGUGGCCCAAGGUGUUUCAGGAUCAGUCCAAGAUAAAGGCUCCAUCCACAAGUUCGUUCCUUAUCUCAUAGCUGGUAUCCAACAUGGCUGUCAGGAUAUAGGAGCAAAAAGUUUGUCCAUUUUAAGGUAAGACUACAUCCAGUUUUCAUGUUGUCAAAGGUUUUACUUGUGCUGGUGCUUUGACGUACAUGAACAGUGUCGGGGUUUUUUUUGUACCAGGUCAAUGAUGUACUCCGGUGAGCUGAAGUUUGAGAAGAGAACCAUGUCGGCCCAGAUGGAGGGGGGAGUCCACGGCCUACAUUCGUAAGUCUGACCCCUGAUCCUUGGCUGCUUAAAAAACAGUAAUGAAACUAACAUUCUGUGUCAAAGUGCCAUCUGUGUUCAGUCUCUCAGUGAGAAACCUUCUUGCUGUCAAAUGGACUGCUGUUUACUUGGUAGCAUCAAAUUUGUCUUCUCUCUUCCUCUUUUCUAACCCAUGCUAUCACAUUAGAUAUUCUUUUGUGCCAUGUAAGUACAUCCAUCUGGUCAUCACAUUCCUAUCUUUCUCUUCUGUUUAAUCUUCCCCACCCAAGCUAGUUCUUGUGGGGGUAAAACACUUUCCUGACACAGAAAAUGCUAAUUAUUUUUUAUUUUUUUAUCCUGUGUAGUUACGAGAAGCGGCUUUACUGA